CAGAGCGUCAGACACACACACACACACACAUAAGGGCGUGUAAUUGAGCAUGGGCCAGCAGUCAUCCACCUGAGGCGAGCGGAGUGUAUGUUUAGCCAUGGCAGCGAAGGUGAGCGGGAGCGUGCUGGUGACCGGGGCCAACCGUGGCAUCGGCCUGGAGGUGGUGAGGCAGCUGAGCGAGUCCCCGUGCCCACCAACACACAUCUUCGCUGGGUGCCGCGACCCCCACGGCCCUGGGGCAAAGGCACUGAGAGAACUAGCUCAGAAACACCCACAGAAGAUAACAACCCUGCGCCUGGACCAAACAGACCAGGCGACUAUCUCUGAGGCGGCGCGGCAGGUGGGGAGUGCGCUGAAGGGUGCUGGCCUGAACCUGCUCAUCAACAAUGCAGGCAUCAACCAGGCAGCCAAUAGCAACACGGUCCCCGUCGGCAACCUGGCCCACACUGGGGAGAAGGAGAUGACGGAGGUCUUCCUCACCAACACUGUAGGACCCAUGAUCGUCACUAAGGAGUUCCUGCCCUACCUGCGCCAGGCGGCCUCCCUCCCUGGUGUGUCUCCGAGCGAGAUGUCGUGUCGGCGGGCCGCGGUCGUCAACGUCUCCACCCUCUUCUCCUCCAUCCAGAGGUGCCACGAGCUCUUCCUCCAGGCACCCAUGUACCCCUACAGAGUCAGCAAGGCCGCCCUGAACAUGCUGACGCGUUGCCUCUCGGAGGACCUGAAGUCAGACGGCAUCCUGGUCAUGGCCCUACACCCAGGCUGGGUACAGACGGAUAUGGGGGGGCCACAGGCUCCGCUCUCCACAGAGGACAGUGUGCGUGGGAUGCUGAGCGUCAUCUCCUCGCUGUCUGAGCAGCAUGUGGGCUCUCUGUUGGACUGGGAGGGGAGGAGCAUCCCCUGGUGAUGCCUCACUGCCUGGCUGGACUGGGAAGGAGACAACAUCCCAUGGUCACCACCAGGGCCACUGAUGGCUUUGGCCAGGGAUAGGGAUAGGGAUAGGGAUAGGGAGACAUUUUAGAGUGAGGAGUCUGCACACUUAAAAUCCCUUUUUUCUUUGUUUUUCGUUGUAUACUAUGUCAGGCAAAGAUGAAAUUUUGACUAAAUCAGAUUUCGACUGUUGUCUUAUCUAGCCAUGGAAUAAUAAAAAGAAAACAAAGUAAAAAGGCUUUUAAGUAUGUGUACUCCUCACUCUAACAUUACAGUCAGCUUUUGUCCUGCACCUGUUCCUGGGGUGUGCACAAUCUUCUCCUUGAACCGGGCCCAGGGGAAAGUAAUCUGUAAGUGCCUCUCACCUAAUAGAUUAAUGUAAUGAGGACCCAAUUCUACCCUCCUGGGCCUGGAACAACUGACCCCUUUGUCCAUCCCCAUGGUGGUGCCUCACCAUCCCGCCUGCUGCACAAACAUUAUGUCAAACUCAUCACUUUUCACUUUUAUUUUUGCAUCCAUGCUUUAUUUUAGUGUGUGUGUGUGUGUGUGUGUGUGUGUGUGUGUGUGUGUGUGUGUGUGUGUGUGUGUGUGUGUGUGUGUGUGUGUGUGUGUGUGUGUGUGUGUGUGUGUGUGUGUGUGUGUGUGUGUGUGUGUGUGUGUGUGUGUCUGUCUGUCUGUCUGUCUGUCCGUCUGUGUGCGUGUGCACAUGUAAAUAAAGCAUUUUAUGAAGAGCUGUUGUGUAAUGCAUUUUUGUU